AUGCAAAGGAUGAUAGGACGCCCACCAGCACCAGCACCAGCACCAGCCAGCCAGCGAUGAGAAUCACCAAAUUGCCCUUUAGUGGAGUAGGAAUAGCGCCAUGAUGUGUGUGUAUGAUCAUGCAAAUGCAGUACAGUGGGUCAAACAAAACACACACCCCGCAACAUCUUACAUUGAAUUAUUAAACAUAUAGUUGGUAGGGAGUUUUUUUUCCUGCAAAGGUGGGCCCAUGUUAUUUUGUUCUGAAUCUUUGUCUGUCACUCUAUCCUCCCUUUGUUUGUGUUUGCAUUUUGCAAUCUUCAACUCAACAGUACCAAAGAGUAGUUGUUGUAUUUGUAUUGUAUUUCACUAUUUUGAGUGUUUUGACUUUCCCAUUCCCAAACCAAAACCCCUGACUUCAGUCUCCAAACAAACAAACAAACAAAACAAUAACUAUCUUCCAACCCAAGUUGUCAAAUGUUCCUCUUUUCUCCAAUUCUCCAAUGGACAAAACACCAAGGUGUCAUCAUUUCUUCUCUCCUCCUUUAAUGGUUUUGCUUUGCUUGCUUUAAAAAAAAAAAUCAAAUUUUCUUUCUCUCUCUCUCUCUCUCGAGUCUUACCCUCUCUUCUUCUAGUUCUCUAGUUGAACACAUUCUUAUGCUUGGUAGGUUGUGCCGUUGAGGUGAUGGGCCCUAAAUUCCACUGAAGUUUGAUGGUAAGAACCAAAGGGGUCUCUUUACCUCUUUCAGUGCUUCCCCUUUGCCCCCAAUUUUGUGCUGUCUCGCAUUUAGGUUUUCCCCUCUUUUAACUCACAAGAUAAGAUUUAGGGCAUUUGAUUUGACUUGAUUCUUGGCAAUUUCCGAUGUGGAAUUUCUGAUUUCUAAUAUUCCACAUGGGGUUCCUUCAUCGUGCUUUGUGAUUGAUUGUGUUCCUCCUCCGCUUACCUCGUUGUUGGAGAGAACAUGGUUCAAAUUUCCUUUUCAAGUCUAAGUUUUCUUACAAGUUAAAUUGAACUGGGAAGAACAAAAAGAAGGGGUUUAUGGGACUUGAUUCUCUCGAAUUUCGUGUUGGGUAUGGCGUUUGAAGGAUAAGGACUUGAUUUUUGGUGGUGUUGGUUGUGGUGUUUUCUUUGUCGGAACCGUUGAAUUUGAAGAAGGGAAAGAUGGACAGAGUUAUUCAACCUCCUUUGGUUGAUACAACUGCAUGCUUAUGCAGAGUAGAUACAGGCCUAAAAACUGUCGCUGGAGCAAAGAAGUAUGUCCCUGGAACAAAACUCUGUCUUCGGCCUGACAUUAAACCAUCCAUUCACCCAACUAGAAACAAACCAUCACGUGGUGACAGAAGCCGCAAUCAAUCCCCACUACUUCCAGGACUCCCUGAUGAUCUGGCCAUUGCUUGCCUAAUCCGAGUCCCUCGGGUGGAACACCGCAAACUUCGGCUAGUCUGCAAGAGAUGGUAUCGUCUUUUGGUUGGUAACUUCUUUUACUCUCUCCGCAAGAGUCUUGGAAUUGCAGAAGAGUGGAUAUAUGUCAUUAAGAGAGACCGAGAUGGGAAAAUAUCAUGGCAUGCUUUCGAUCCUGUGUACCAACUGUGGCAGCCCCUGCCACCUGUUCCUAAGGAAUAUUCUGGAGCUCUUGGUUUUGGCUGUGCCGUUCUCAAUGGCUGUCACCUGUACUUGUUUGGUGGGAAGGACCCACUAAAGGGAUCCAUGAGACGUGUCAUAUUUUAUAGUGCUAGGACAAAUAAAUGGCACCGUGCCCCAGAUAUGCUUCGUAGGCGGCACUUCUUCGGCUGCUGUGUCAUAAACAAUUGUCUGUAUGUAGCUGGUGGGGAGAAUGAGGGUGUGCACCGGUCCUUGCGAUCAGCUGAAGUGUAUGAUCCCAACAAAAAUAGAUGGUCAUUUAUUGCUGAUAUGAGCACUGCAAUGGUGCCUUUCAUAGGAGUUGUCUAUGAUGGAAAGUGGUUCUUGAAAGGACUUGGUUCUCAUCGGCAGGUUCUGAGUGAGGUCUACCAGCCAGAGAACGAUAGCUGGUACCCUAUUUAUGAUGGAAUGGUCGCUGGCUGGAGGAACCCCAGUACUACCCUAAAUGGAAAGCUCUAUGCGUUAGACUGCAAAGAUGGCUGCAAAAUUAGGGUUUAUGAUGAGGUUAGUGAUUCAUGGAACAAGCAUAUUGACAGUAAAGUGCAUUUGGGUAACUCACGGGCUUUGGAGGCUGCUGCUCUUGUUCCCCUCAAUGGGAAACUCUGCAUCAUCCGGAAUAAUAUGAGCAUUUCUCUGGUGGAUGUUUCAAAACUUGAAGAUUUGAAAGGAUCUUCUGCUGAACAGUUGUGGGAAACCAUUGCUGGGAAAGGACAGUUCAAGACCUUGGUCACAAAUCUGUUGUCUAGCAUUGCAGGGAGAAACCGACUCAAAAGUCACAUAGUUCACUGUCAAGUUCUUCAAGCUUAGAGGCUGUAUAGUUCUGAAAAUUUGAUAAUGAGGUCAGGUCAUGAGUUACAGCAUCUCAUCUUGAUGGUAUAUGUUGGUGAGAAGCUGGACCAACUUUUGCCAGAACACCAUGGUGCAGUCUAUCUUGCUUUUUGUCUCAAACCCCUGGCAUCACAAAAGGUGAUACAUACAUGAGAUGUUUUAGUAAUCAUAUAGUGCUACAGAUAUUGAUACAUAGUUAUUACAUUUUGAAAAUUUCAGUGGGCUGUUUACCAUGUCACAUGGUUUAUCAUUAGCUUGUCUUUUGUGUUGCUGCAACCAUUGUAUAACAUGAAGAUGACUGGUGUGUUGGACGGAGGAGAAAAAAAUAAGAGUCAGUUUGGUAUUCGUAUAAAAUUGAGGGUGAAAAAUUCAAGAAAUAGUUUUGAAUUUAAUUUUUCAUUAUAAAACUCAUCUAUGAAUUUUCCACCCUCAUUUUCUGUAGUAACAGCCAACUGACUAUCAACUCUUAUUUAUGUACAACUCUUCGCAUUACAUAUUAUAUACAAGCACAAGUUGAAUCGAGUUAUCGGGUGAAAAGAUGGUAGGGUUGCCUUGAUGUUUUGUACCAUAUGAUGAGACUCCAGUACCCUGUUUUGAUUAAAGUAUGCACCCCUCAAUCCUUGUUUGGAGUGUGCAAACAUUACAAAUGUCGUGUUUGGAAAAUUUAUUAUUAGGUUGUAUUUGAGCAUGAUUUUGAAUUUAAAAAUACAACUUAUGCAGAAAAUAAAAAUAAAAGUUCAUUUGGAUAAAACCAUGACUUUAUAUAAACUAUAAUGUAAAUAUGAUAUAUGUUGCAUUGCCAAUAUAAGUAAGUGCUGCUUUUACAAUAAAUUCAAGGCUUACUGGUUUAUUUUU